AUGGCAACCGCCGGGGGCCUAAAGGGCCUGCCGGCAAGCUCCAGGCCACGGACCUUCGCGGAUAUGGUCUCGCAAACGCCGAUUCCCCUUCCCGAAGUGGUGGUGCCGGUGCGUGCCCCAAAAGUGCUGGACGGCGACACCUAUAUCUGGUUCUCCCAAGAUGAACUGGACCGGUCUGCUCAGCCAUUCAGGUACUCUCUUGUUCUUAAAUUCAUUCGGCAACGUCCUUCCUUAGACACUAUCCGUGCUUUUAUUCGAACUCGGUGGGGUUUAAAUGCCCAACCAGUCGUUUCUAGUAUGAAAUCCCCACGACAUGUUUUCCUGAGAUUUGCUAAAGAAGAUGACUAUCAUAAGGCCUAUGCUCGUGAAGCCUGCGAGAUUGAAGGUAGUCCAUAUAGGAUGUUCAAGUGGUCUACAGACUUUUCAGAGGAAUCGGAACCAUCCUUGGUUCCGGUUUGGGUGGUUUUUCCUGGGCUUCCGCCCAACUUUUAUCAUGAAUCCUACCUUCGGAACCUUGCUCUACCUAUUGGUACUUAUCUAAGAAGUGAUAACAGCACUAGAUGUGCCAACCGAACUGAUGGAGCUCGGAUUUGUAUUGAAAUGGAUGCAGCGACGAAACCGAUAGAUGGUUUUUGGAUUGGUGUUCCUCGGGCCCCUUCAAGUCGAUACCAAGCUGUCCUUUAUGAAACCCUGCCAGCGUAUUGCUGUAAGUGCAAGAUGCAGGGCCAUAACUUAAGUACUUGCAAAAAAACAGAUAAAAAUCCUGGUAUAGAUGAUAUGGGAAAGUCUAGAAAGAAACGCACCUUAGAGAUGAAAAUAACAAAGGAAGGAGAAGCAGGAAAAGUGGAGGAACCAGCACAAGAAAAGGGGGUGAGAAGUAUAAAGUGGAAUGUUGAAUCGGAGGCUAUUACAAGGCAUGAGACAGGAGAGUCCUCUGGGAAGAAGGGGAAAGAGGUUGUGCAUCAGGAAUCAGACUUGGUAUAA